AUGUCCACUUCACCCGACCACCUCCACUACCUCCGCCUCGCGCUCAAUGAAGCUCGCAAAAGUCCGCCAAAGUCCACCAACUUCUGCGUCGGCGCGUGUCUAGUCUCUCCGUCCAUCUCCGCCCAGCCGCUUGUGACAGGAUUCACCCUCGAAUGCGAGGGAAACACACAUGCCGAGCAAUGCUGCUUCAUCAAGCUGGCAUACGCCCUCAACCCGCCCUCGUCCUCUGUGCAGUCUUCCGAAGGAAUUAAAUUCCCCGAGGCGACCGUUGGCCCGCAUCUGCCAGCAGACACAAUCCUCUACACAACGAUGGAGCCUUGCAAUAAGCGUUCGCCGGGUAACACGCCAUGUACCGAGAGGAUACUAGCUGUGAGGAGAGAGGAUGAGUCGCCUGCCAUCAAGACCGUGGUCGUCGGCGUGAGUGAGCCAGACACAUUCGUCGGAGUCAAUGAGGGCAAGAGAAAGCUGCAAGAUGCUGGAAUUGAAGUUGUGCACGUGAGCGGGUUAGAAGACGAGAUCUUGAGGGUUGCAAAGGCAGGACACGUGGAGGAAUGA